AUGCGGACCCGGGCGGCGGUGCUGUGGGCGCUGCUGCUGUCCGCGGGGCUCGGCGGCGGCGAGCAGCCGCGGAGUAGGGGGGCGGGGGGCGGGGGCGCGGGCCCGAGCGCAGCCGCCCCCCCCGCGCCGCCCGGGCUGCGGGCAGGCGGGAACCUGAGCUGCUACCAGUGCUUCAAGGUCUCCGGCCCGGCCCGCUGCGCGCCCGCCGCCUGCCACCCCGCGGACCGGGUGUGCGUGUCGCACGCGGUGAUCCUCCGCAGCCAAACAAAGGUGACAACUAUGCUCAGCAAGCGCUGUGCCCCCAGGUGUCCCAACACCAACAUGAAGUAUGACUGGAUAUUGGGACCCAGGAUACUUGGCAGCAUCAUCAGGCAGUGCUGCUCUGGAUGUCUCUGCAACAGGGCGCCUGCCACACUGGAGGGUCCCUGGGCCCUUCCAAGGGGGUUCCUGCUUGGAGUGGGCCUCAUCUGGGUCCUGCUGUGAGCACCUGCCUUCCUGCCCCCCAGACCCACUGUAUCCUCCCCCUCCUGCCUCUGCCCUGCCUCCAUCCCUUUCAAGACACUGGGUGGGACCACCGCCCUCUGAGGUGGUAGGAAAAUGCCAUUGCCUCCGCCCGGCCCUGGCUGCUUCUCCCAUCGCUGUCAUGGGCCCCUUGCUCAGACAGCCCGGAGAAUGCAGCCCCAUCCCACUGAAGGAGAAAGGGCAUUUCCCAGUAUGGGGUAAUGACUCGGCUUCCAAUAUAAGAUUGCUUGCCCUGAACACACUGUCCAGGGCCCCGAAGGGGGCAGGAAGAGUCUGGGCAAGGCCAGAGGGUGGCUGCAGCCCUGACUCUGGCCCUGCCUUGCUCUGGUUCUGAUGUGGCCCAUCCCCUCCCCCUGGCCUGGCCCCAUCUGUCCACAGGAGCCCAGGUGGAGUCAUGCUGUGGGUGCCCACCUGUGCAUGGAGACCACAGCCAUCACUCCUUCUGGAGACAAUAAACUCAUUGCCUGAUCGCACU